UCCCUCACCACAUCAAAAGAGCCAGCAACUUUAUUGUUAUUUUCAUUUUUGCAUGCUCGGCAUUCAAUAAUCCAACGUUCUUCUCACAUUUUCCCUUUCCAUUGCCACUCUCGUUUCAUAUCCAGCAUGGCUGACUUCGACUACAACAGCAUCCAUGAUGAGUUCCUCCGGCUGGUAGACGAUUAUACAAACGGUGGUGCAGAUGCAAUUGUUGGUUCUCGUCCCGCGAUUCUGCAAGCCAUCUUCAACGUGGUCCAUGAUCUCAACACCAGUCAUGAACUGUCUGGGGAGACUGUCGUAGCGAGAAUCUGCGACGCAAUUGCCACCGAGAGGGGCAAUGGAUUGCCAGACGAUGAAGCAUUAGAUUUGGCCAAGGCAGCGGUUCGAGUGGUACAGAGUCACGAAGGCUUCAAUUUGGAUAUUGAUAUGGAAGGAGAAGGGGAUGGAGGAGAAGGUCAUGUCUUGGCCAACGAGGCAUUUGACGCCGUGGACGAGGAGGAUGAUGACGGUGGCGAUGGAGGCGAGGAUGGCGGUCACGGUGACGGACCUCAUGGCGGAGCCGGUGGACCUGAUGACCCUGAAGGCCCUGACGGCCCUGACGAUGGUGGUGGUCAUGUACCUGGAGGUCCAGAAGACGGAGGUUGAGCUACUCAGAUGGAGAGAUUGACGGCAUGUAUCGCGACUCGACAUUCUUUAAUAUGGCUUUUGAUCAGGUUACUUCUUCAUGUUCAUGCUCCUCCCAUGGUGCCAAUAUGGUAUAAAUCCCUACAAGUGGGUAUAAUACGAUCCUAUUCUGC